CCUUCUCUGGCACUCCACAUGCAAGCCCCUCACUGCAACGAUAGCUGCUUGACUAGCUAGCUAUAUUGCUAUUGUGGAUGUUGGAUGACAAUAAAUACUUAUCAAAUUCAUUUCAUGUAGAGUAAUAACAAACCCUCAAGAAGUAACUGUUUGAGCAAGUGGUGACCAAUUUUUCCUUUUACCUUGGAACAUGCACAUAUAUAUAUUAAUGUGCCAGGCCAUGUUUUAUGUUUCCUCUUUAAUUCAAAGUUUCCAACCAAAGACCUUUUUUUCUUUCCUUUGAGAAAUGGAGGAGAUAGAGCAAGACACUGCCAAUAACAACAUUGGUGCUACUGAUGACCAUGAAAUUAUGAGAGUUUCAAAACAAGGAAGAGGGAUGCAUCUUGUGUGGGAAGAUUUGAGUGUUGUUAUUCCAAAUUUUGGUGAAGGACACACCAAGAGGUUGCUUAAUGGAUUGAGUGGAUAUGCUGAACCUAACAGAAUCAUGGCUAUCAUGGGUCCUUCUGGCUCUGGAAAAUCUACUCUUCUUGAUGCUUUAGCAGGUAGACUCUCUAGAAAUGUUAUUAUGACAGGAAAUGUGCUUCUAAAUGGAAAAAAGAGGAGAUUAGACUAUGGGGUUGUAGCUUAUGUGACCCAAGAAGACAUAUUGUUGGGAACACUGACAGUUAGAGAGACAAUAUCUUACUCAGCAAAUCUAAGGCUUCCAGCUACCAUGACCAAAGAAGAGGUGAAUGAUAUUGUAGAGGGAACAAUUAUGGAGAUGGGUCUUCAAGAUUGUGCUGAUAGGCUAAUAGGAAACUGGCACUUGAGAGGUAUAAGUGGUGGAGAAAAGAAAAGACUGAGCAUAGCACUUGAAAUCCUCAUAAGGCCUUGCCUCUUGUUCCUUGAUGAACCUACAAGUGGUUUGGAUAGUGCCUCAGCAUAUUUUGUUGCACAAACUCUGAGAAACAUAGCUCAUGAUGGCAAGACUGUUAUCUCUUCUAUACAUCAACCAAGCAGUGAGGUUUUUGCACUCUUUGAUGAUCUCUUUCUGCUUUCUGGGGGUCAAACAAUAUACUUUGGAGCAGCAGAAAAGGCAGUUGAGUUCUUUGGCAAAGCAGGAUUUCCUUGUCCAAGUAGAAGAAACCCUUCUGAUCAUUUCCUCCGUUGUAUUAAUUCAGACUUCGACAAUGUCACAACUAUCAUGGCCUCCCGGAGAAUACAUGAACAAAAAUCAUUAACAUCAGCAUCAGUGAUGAACUUAACAACUGCUGCAAUCAAAGCAAUACUCAUAGAGAAAUACCGAUGGUCAGAAUAUGCAACUACUGCAAGAGCAAGAAUCAAAGAAAUCUCAAACAUUGAAGGACAUGAUACUGAAAGUAAAAGUAAGAGCCAAGCCAGAUGGUGGAAGCAACUAUCAACACUGACUAGCAGAUCUUUUGUGAACAUGUCUAGAGAUGUGGGGUACUACUGGAUAAGGAUGGCAAUCUAUGUUGCCUUAUCUUUCUGUGUUGGAACAAUCUUUUUUGAAGUUGGAUCAAGUUAUAGAUCUAUUUUUGCAAGAGGAGCAUGUGGUGCUUUUGUAUCAGGUUUCAUGACAUUCAUGUCCAUCGGAGGAUUCCCAUCCUUCAUAGAAGAAAUGAAGGUGUUCUACAAGGAAAGGCGCAAUGGGUAUUAUGGGAUUGGAGUCUACAUUCUAUCAAAUUUUCUCUCUUCCUUUCCCUUUGUGACAGUUAUGUCCAUUGCUACUGGAACUAUAACCUAUUAUAUGGUCAAGUUUCGUCCUGAGUUUUCACAUCUUUCAUAUAUAUGCCUGGACCUUUUGGCCUGCAUUGCAGUUGUAGAGAGCUCCAUGAUGAUCAUAGCUUCAUUGGUUCCCAACUUCCUGAUGGGAUUGAUAAUAGGAGCAGGAUAUAUUGGUGUUAUGAUGAUGACUGCUGGCUAUUUCCGUCAGAUCCCUGAUCUUCCAAAAUUCUUCUGGCGCUACCCAAUGUCAUACAUAAAUUAUGGUGCAUGGGCAUUGCAGGGAGCUUUCAAGAAUGACCUGAUUGGGAUGGAGUUUGAUCCUUUAGUACCUGGGGACCCAAAGCUGAAAGGAGAAAUCAUCCUCACAACCAUGCUUGGGAUGAAAACUGAUCAUUCAAAAUGGUGGGACUUAGCUGUAGUCACCCUCAUCCUCAUAUUUCUUAGAGUUAUUUUCUUUUUCAUUCUCAAGUUCAAGGAGAGAGCUGCACCUUACCUUCACAGUAUCUACACCAAGCAAGCCCUGCAACGUAUCAAGAAACGACCUUCAUUCAGGAAACCACCAGCUUUCCCUUCCAAGAGGCACCAAGCUCUGCAUCCAUUGUCAUUUCAAGAGGGUCUCAACUCCCCAAUUCAUUAGAAGCAUCAGUUGCUGAUACAAACACACAAGCAUCACACACCAUACCCCCAUUUAUAUAUUGGGAAACACUAUGUUUUGACAUUUGACAUAAAUAAAAUAUAUCAACAUAAGAAAGAGGCAAAGGAAACUUGUGAUGUUAUGGUAUGGUGGUUGGUUAUAAAAUAUCAUGUCUUCUCCAUCAGUUCAGCCAGCAUAAAUGCCUGAAAUCAAAUUCAAAAUCCAACCCAAUGCUAAACAGAAUUUUAAU